AUGACUUCUGCACCGGGUGACAGCCUCCUGGACAUAUUGCUCAGCCAGGACUCCACAGCCCAGCCUGUGGCAGCCCUUAAUACUCCUCCCGGAGUCCCAGAGCAGACAGUUUGCAUGAACCAGAUGCUGAGUUCCUGGGAUCAGACCAAGCCCAGCACAGGCCCCCAGAUGAUGGGUGGCAUGGACAUUGCCGAGACUUGCCCAAGCCAUUGUGAGAAGACAGAUGCCGCUGCCUUCAGGACAGCCAUCCCCAGUGAAGGUGACCAGUUGAAGACUCUCCAGAGCAUGCAGAUGACGUCGGAUGGCCACAUCAAUGGCUCCAGUAAUCAGCAGAGUCUGCAAGAGAUGCCUGGGCUGAGUCGUGCUGGUGAUCAGACCCUGCGUGUGGGUCAGGUGGUCACACCCACAAGUCACCAGAACCUCUCACUUGGCCAGAUGAUGCCCAGCACGGUUGACCCGCAGCUCUGUGGGAUGCAGAUGACCCUGCACAGUGGUCAAGUCAUGACUGUGUCACUUGAUCAGAUCCCCACUGGGAUCCAGAUGAUGACUCCCAGCAUUGGCCAGACUCUCCAUGGGGGUCAGAUGAUGACCACCACAGCUUACCAGACCUUCAGUGGAGGCCAGAUCAUCAGCCCCACAGGAAGCCACAACCUCUAUGGAGUGCAGAUGGUGAUGCCCGACUGUGGCAAAUCAUAUUCCAAGCCAUCCCACCUCCGAAUCCAUGAGCGCAGACAUACAGCAGCCACAGUCAUCACUGACCGCCUGGACUUUGAUUCUCCGUCUGAUUCCGGGACCACUAGCUCUGCUUCUGUUUCUGAGCUACUCCGUGAUUGUGCUGAAGCUGAGGACAACGAGUGUGCCCUGGACAUUUCUUCAGCACAGAAGGAACAGACUCAAAUGAGAGCAGUACCAGAGCCACAGCUCUACAUGCCUCCAGCUGCAUGCGAUGAGGGCAGCUGGCAUGUGUCCAUGCAGAGCCUUGGCAUGCCUAGCCUGACACCCACAACCAUGACUUCUGCACCGGGUGACAGCCUCCUGGACAUAUUGCUCAGCCAGGACUCCACAGCCCAGCCUGUGGCAGCCCUUAAUACUCCUCCCGGAGUCCCAGAGCAGACAGUUUGCAUGAACCAGAUGCUGAGUUCCUGGGAUCAGACCAAGCCCAGCACAGGCCCCCAGAUGACAGGUGGCAUGGACAUUGCCGAGACUUGCCCAAGCCAUUGUGAGAAGACAGAUGCCGCUGCCUUCAGGACAGCCAUCCCCAGUGAAGGUGACCAGUUGAAGACUCUCCAGAGCAUGCAGAUGACGUCAGAUGGCCACAUCAAUGGCUCCAGUGAUCAGCAGAGUCUGCAAGAGAGGCCUGGACUGAGUCCUGCUGGUGAUCAGACCCUGCGUGUGGGUCAGGUGGUCACAGCCACAAGUCACCAGAACCUCUCACUUGGCCAGAUGAUGCCCAGCACGGUUGACCCGCAGCUCUGUGGGAUGCAGAUGGUGAGCCCCAUGUGUGGGCAGACCCUCUAUGGGGAUCAAGCCAUCACUCCAACGGCUGACCAGGCCCUCUCUGUUGGGCACAUGAUGAUGUCAACACCGUGUGCACAGACCCUGCACAGUGGUCAAGUCAUGACUGUGUCACUUGAUCAGAUCCCCACUGGGAUCCAGAUGAUGACUCCCAGCAUUGGCCAGACUCUCCAUGGGGGUCAGAUGAUGACCACCACAGCUUACCAGACCUUCAGUGGAGGCCAGAUCAUCAGCCCCACAGGAAGCCACAACCUCUAUGGAGUACAGAUGGUGAUGCCCGGUUGUGACCAGACCCUCCAAGGAGCUUAUAUGAUGCCACCUGUGUUCUACUCAGGGCCAGCCCCAGGGUGCCUGUCUGUUUCAAGUUACCCUUGGAUCCAAGCACAAACUCCACAAUGCUUUGCAAGUUCUGAUUUGGUGCAAGGACAACUCCCAGCACAGCAGGAUUGCAACCUACCGACGACCCAGCACUCUCAGUUGCACAAGAUCCCUGAGCGCUUGAAGCCCUACAUCUGUACCUAUCCAGACUGUGGCAAAUCAUAUUCCAAGCCAUCGCACCUCCGAAUCCAUGAGCGCAGACAUACAGGGGAAAGGCCCUAUGCAUGCCACAUCACAGGAUGCACUUGGACAUUCUCCCGCAAAGACGAGCUCACCAGACACAAGAGGAAGCACAGCGGGGAGCGUCCCUACCUGUGUCCCCAAUGCAACAAGGCUUUUGCACGAUCUGACCAUGUACGGCAGCAUCAGAAAUUCCACAAAUGA